GUGUAUGUAACUCACUCUGUGAUACACUUUCCAAACACAACAUUCACGCAUUGUGAAAAUGAAAGUGUGAUUUUUUUGUUAUACGUUUAUAAUCAGCAAUAAGAAAUCAAUUACGCAUAAAAUCAAAGUGUAAAGCUAUAAUCGUGUUUAGCAAGAUGCUGGAAGUAAACGAUAAAGAUGCAGCGAGGAUGUUGAACAGCGAUUGCAAGAUCCAUGUGCAGGAAUCGGAAAAAUUAUUAGACCUUGAGAAGUUGCGGAAUUCGCAAAUAUACAUCGAAUUCGAUGAUCUCUGUUAUUCUGUUCACCGCAAUCACAAAGAACCUGAAAAAAAAAUCCUACAUAAUCUAACGGGGCACUUCGAACCAGGAAAAGUCACGGUGAUCCUAGGUCCUUCCGGCGCGGGAAAAACUACUUUGCUGAAAAUCAUAGCCAAACGACUAAUCAAUAUUAAGGGCACCAUCACCAUAAAUGGUGUUGAACAGAAUAAAAGGAUGUUUUGCAAAAAGGUGUGUUAUGUGCCGCAACAAUUCGAUCUGUUGCCGUUCCUCACAAUUAGAGAAACUCUCUAUAUAGCGGCACGACUGAAACUCAAUGUUAAUCAAAACGAACACGCGAUUCAUUUAGUUGUAAACGAUAUUGUGAAGAGUCUUAACUUAUCAUAUUGUUUGAACACAUUGGCGAAUAAAUUAAGCGGUGGCGAACGGAAGAGACUUUCCAUUGGCGUAGAAUUGAUCACUAAGCCAUCUGUUCUCUUAUUAGAUGAGCCAACAAGCGGUCUAGAUAGUAUAGCCUCUAAUCAGCUCAUUAACAUGCUGCACAAUAUGGCGAGUGCAAAUUGCACUGUGGUUUGCGUAAUACAUCAACCUAGUAGUCAGAUGAUUUCGCUUUUUGAUAACAUUAUGGUACUCAAUCAAGGCAGAUGUAUGUACUGCGGUCCCAAGAGUGAGAUCUUAAACACGUACAGCAUUGCUGGGUUCACAUGUCCCAGCUUCUAUAACAUAGCCGAAUUUGUACUUGAGGUAAUAACCGAGCAGAGAGGUGGGGAUUUGGAAAAUCUAUACAAGAUCUGUCGCGAUGAAUACGAAAAGAUAAGAUUACACAAUAAACACAAUGAAAAUGAAUUGGAUUCAUUAAUUGAUUCUAAGCAGAAAUAUAAAACUCACGAUAUAAAUACUUCCAUAAACAGAAUAGUAUUAAAAAAAUCAACAUGGCAGCAGCAAAGAAUAUUAUUUUUACGAGCUCUAAUCUGUAUGAGGCGAGAUAUUUUGUUUACACAAUUAAGAUUGGCGACACACAUCAUAGUCGGGCUGUUAUUAGGAACAAUUUUUUAUAAUUUCGGUGGUAAUGCGGAAAAUGUGGGCAGCAAUAUCGCUUGCUUAUUUUUUUUUCUGUUAUUUUUAUUUUUCGCAAGUGCCAUGCCGGCAGUGCAAAUGUUUCCUACGGAAGCGGCAGUAUUUCUACAGGAACAUUUAAAUAAUUGGUAUUCAUUAAAAGCUUAUUACAGCGUAAAAGUAUUAACAGAUUUUCCGAUUCAGAUACUUUGCGUCUCACCUUUUCUGUUUAUAUCAUAUUAUAUGACAGGACAGCCAAUGGAAUAUGAUAGAUUUCUACAAACGUGGAGCGUUUGUCUGUUAAUUACGAUUAUCGGACAAACGUUUGGGAUACUUACAGGCACAGCUUUUGGCACUGAGUUAGGGAUAUUUUUAAUACCGGCAACCAGUAUAUCAUUAUUGCUGUUCUCUGGAUUUUUCUUGAAAUUAAAUGAAAUGUCGAUAUAUCUGCAACCUUUAAGCUUUGUGAGUUUCUUCAGAUAUGCAUUUGAAGGCAUAAUGCAGGCUGUCUAUCUUGAUCGACCAAAUUUGGUAUGCUCGGAAAUUUAUUGUUACUUACGUUCACCAAAUAAGAUUCUCUCGAUGAUGGGCAUGCCAGUAAUGCCAUUUUACAUACUUUUGAUAGUACUUUGUUGUUGGGUACUCUUUUUACACGUAAUCAUCUAUACUGUAUUUUAUUGGAAAAUUUAUCAUGCAAAAAGGUGAUGAAGUAUUUGAUUAACAUCAUCUUAAACAAGAAAAUAUUUUCAAAAUAUGUCUUAAAAAAUUAUCUAUUGAGC